GGGAACGCUGAACAGUCGAAAGUUGCCACCUUACAGAAAUUCGCGACAAUAAAUUUAAUAAAUAAUCAAUUAUCAUUUAAACAAUAGGGAACGAUGAAAUAUAUUAGCUUAUGCCUGGCUGUGAUAUUCCUCUUUAGUUGCAGCUUUCUCUUUGGCAAGAUCCAUGGUCUUUUGCGCCGCUGCUACCAGUGCCGCUCCCGUGGCGAUCUGGGAAGCUGCAAAGAUCCCUUUAAUUUCAAUGCCACCGACGUGGAGCACGAGCCCGGCCUGGCCGCCAUACCUUGCGCCAGCGGCUGGUGCGGCAAAGUAAUCGAGGGCGGCGGUACGUACGCCAUCGACGACUACGACCUUGCCAUCCAGCGCAUGUGUGUCCAGCGUGGCCCCGACGACAACAUGGACCGCUGCGCCGACACCAUCUACAACUACAAGAAGGUCUACAUGUGCUUCUGCCAGGGUGAUCUAUGCAACAAGGGGCACAGUCGGACGCAGCCAACCGGACGGCUGGUGCUACUCCUCCCCCUUCUGGCAGUCCUUCUGCCUGUAUGUCGUCUAAUCUGAAGCAAUAAUUAGCCUUUAGUCUAUAGAAAUAUUCUUUUUUUUAUACUACUUUAUUAUGAAAUGAAAAAAACUU